AUGGUCGUGGGAGGCGAAGGAGAGGAGCACGUGGACACCACGGCCGCCGCCGUCGAGAAGGAGGAGGAGGAGGAGGAAAAGGCCGCCAUGUCGCGACUGGUCAUGCGUUUCGGCGUCUCUUGCCACGCGUGCAAGGUGCUCCAGCCGCGCCUGUGGGUCUGCCCGCGAGCGCCGGCCCACCGGUGGUGCGCCAAGUGCCUGCGCAACCGCUUCGGCGUCGCCUUCGCCGCCGCGCCCGCAUGGCCCGGGCUAGCCACCGCCCGCGGCUGCCCCGCCUGCCGCGGCCAUUGCCCCUGCGCCGCCUGCCGAAGAAGUGGUGGGUCCCAACCACACCAGAACAGCUCCGGCCGCCCACGCAUGACGACGGCGGCGGCGGCGGCGACGGAGCAGCCGCAGCGCGAUGGCGGCGGUGGUGGUGGAACGGCGGAGAGGCGGGAGCGUGGGUUUGGGCGGCUGAUGCACGAGGAGCACCACGAUUGGACGAAGGUGCUGGACCGCGACGCGUACCGUUCCUCGCUCGUAUUUCGCAAGAGAUUCCUCUCCGAAGCCGAGGGUGAGGGCCUGGUGGAGGUGCUGCGCGGGUGCGAGGACCAGAUGCGGUACCACCGAUUCGUGGUGAUGGGCAAAAAGACGGAGCACUUGGAGCCCCGCGCUACUCUGUGCUUUGGCUCCACGGUGGCUUACCACGGUGUGACCGUCGUCACCCAGCCCUGGUCGAAAGCACCGCCGGAACUCAUCGCGCUCAAGAAGAAGAUGGUGGAUGAGCUGAAAGUGGAGGUCAACUCCUUCCUGUGUACCAGAUACCUCAACGUACCCAGUGCCGAGGCUGCCGUGGGCUACCGGUGGAGGUGGGCCGCGACCGGUCGGUUGUCGACCUUCAGCGAGUCGGUUUCCAUGUGCGGCGAGCUGUCGUUGCUCAGCCUUGGUUGGAGCCUGCAUGUGGUGCGGCACCACGACGACUGCUGA